AUGGUGAGAGAAUCGAGAUUGUCGACUACCUUGACACACAGAAAACGGACCUUCCAAGAAAUUUCGGACGCACAUGGAGCCCCAGUCACUCCAUCGGUGUCGGACAGCGACUCGAUCGGUGUUCAAACUGCAACACCAACAAGAAAACAGAACUGUAGGAAGAACGGUCAUGAUAAUAUGGCAUACAUUGUUGGCUUGGACUUUGGAACAACCAUGACGUCAAUAUCAUACUGCCGUUUCAAGUCAGACAAGCGCCCAGCAAAGGUACCUAGGGACAAAAUCAAGGACAUUACCGAUUGGCCAUCUGCUGGUCGCGAUCAGCAGAGAGGAGAAGUUCCAAGUGAAAGCCUUUACCUCGGCGAUGAAUAUUACUGGGGGUAUCAAGCCCGCCAGAAACUGGAGGAAUUUCAUUACAGUGGAGGGGUAUCAGAUACGGCCGGCAGGCUGAUAAGAUUUACAAAACUUUUGUUGGCCGAACCUGAUUUGAUGGAGAAAGAUGAAGCAGACAGCCAACUUCGAGAUGUGAGGGAAACAUUGAGACAUUUGGGUAAAACCGUCCCGGAUGCCGUAAGAGACUACCUGAUUGAGCUUUUCCGAUUUGCAAAGGACUAUCUCAAGGAUCAGGUGAACUUCACUGAAUCAAACGAGGUUGAGCUUUCCUUGUCUGUUCCUGCAGGAUGGCCUAUCGAGGCUUCGUGGUCAUUGCAACAUAUCGUUCGUGAGGUUGCAACUGAAGUCAGCUUCGGUCAAAUCUCGAGCUUAUUUAUAAUAAACGAGCCCGAAGCCGCAUCUGCAUUUGCCUUUGAUACGGUUGGCGGUACAAAUAUAUCGGUUCGUGAUAUCUCCACAGCAGUAAAUUUGGGAAACGGGCUAACUGGUUCGAGUGUAAAGAGAGGGGGUACAUUCAUGGUAUGCGAUGCUGGGGGAGGCACAGUAGAUGUGACGACCUAUACAGUGGAGCAAAAAAGUCCAUUCCGGCUAAUAGAAACAGUCCCACCAUCCGGUGCAAAUUGUGGUUCAACUUGUGUUAAUCGAGCAAUGGAAUCUGAUCUGCUACAGAUGCUGAGAGAAGAGCCAUGCUUUGAUCGGAAUAGAACAUCAAUAGAGCAUCAGCUUUCUCACAAUUUGUUUCGCAAAUUUGAGAACGAGCUGAAACGGAACUUCGAUUCAGGGGAGGGUUUGGUGGGAUCCGCCUAUCUGGACCUGCAUGGCUUGGAAGAGAAUCCUGCUAAAGGCUUUGGAAAAGGCAUGAUUACUGUUAAGAGGGACCAGGUCAUGGGAUGGUUUCAGCCAAGCCUGAAAGGCAUCACCGAUCUCAUCCACCAACAGCUUGGUGCCUGUGCAGACAUUGAUGUGAGGGUACAGAAAAUUAUUCUCUUCGGUGGCUACUCUCAGUCAAAGACUCUUCAGAAUUUUUUGAAACAAAGAAUUUCGCAUCCCAAGAUAGUUUGUCCCAGGGCUAGUGCCUUUGAAACGACUGUGUCGCGAGGAACGGUAUACCGCGCUGUCGAUAAGAGCAAAGGGCCAUUGCGUCAAGCUAUUGCGAAUAUUGGCAUACUCCAAAGCGAGCCAUUUGAUCCCGAGCAGUAUCCAUCCCAUAGACAGGUUCACCCCGGCAGAAACCAUCAUAACAAGAAACGUUAUAUCUUUGCAACUGCGCAGUGGAUUAUUAAAAAAGGGCAUCUCGCGGACUGGAAUCAAUCGGUCCGAGAGGAAAACCACCGAGUUAUUCCAGUAGACCAGCCUUGGGUGAUCAAGCAGUCCAUUUAUUACAAUGCAUUGAUCGACAAUCCCCAAGACCACUACCCUGUGGAUCAUCCACAGAAUGAAGGCGAGUGA